AUGAAGGCCGGCCCCUCCGCGCCGGGGGAGGCACAGGGCGGCCAGCCGCGGGGCGAAGCGCCGUCGUGGCUGGUGUUCAAGAAGCGGGGCGGGAGUGUUGACCUGGCGCUGAGCUGCAGCUACGAGGAGCGGCGCAGGGCCGACGGCGACGGCGGCUGCAUCGCCAGGUCGUCGGCGGAGCCGGGGGAUGCGCUGCAGAGCCCGUGGAAGAAGACCUUCAUCGCGCCGAACUCACGGAAAGGGUGGCUGAGGGGCGAGAGCGCCAGAGAGCUGUCUGUUCCUCCACCCUUGGCCAGCAUAUCGGAGCCGAUUGGAGGUAGUUUCACAACUCGCCAUCAACAUGGAUGGGUGCACAUGCGAAUGAGCAGACUUUUGGCAAGAUGGGGAGUUGAUGAUGCGCCUAAGGUCCCACUUGUGCCACGCUGGAGUUCAACCAGGCUGGUGCCAAACAAAGAAGCCUAUUUUGAGGAGGACAUUGAUGAUGUGGCUUGCUGCCCACCAUCGCCUGUGGGCGAGGACUCCGAGGAGGGCUGUGGAUCUGAUGCCCACUUCCGGGAUCAAAAGCUGUGCAAGCGAUGCCAGAGGGAGGUUGAGAAGGAAAACGUCCGCGUUCGAUUGCGGGUGGACUGUGAGGGCCGUGUGCAUGUGCGCCUUCAGGUGAUGCGGGCUAGGGGCUGGGACUCGGAUACGUUCGCACAAAUGAUACCACAAUACUCGUCAGGCCAGGGCCUUGCCGCUGUGCCAACCAUGGAGAAGAAGGCGGGGCUGGCUGGCUGGAGUUGUUUCACACAGUGUUUUUCAGUCUGUGCAGAGCCACAAGUACAGGUGUGA